AAUUCACAAUCAUUCAUCUUUUUACUUUAUUCUACCAUCUCAACUUUCAUAAGCUUCACUAAUUGGUGUUUGGGUGAUAUCACGUAUAUCUAUUUCCCUAAAAUUAACAGUAACAAUACAUUCAUCAAUACAAAAAUUCAUUAUUAAUACGUUACUUAUCAUCGUCAUCGUCAAUCAAGAUGGCGGACAACAACAAACAACACAAAUACAGGCAGGAGAUCCAGCAGAUGAUGUACGUCUCGGGCGAGACGGGCGAGCCAUCUGUUGAAACGACCGCCAUGAUCGAGGAGAUCGUGCGGCAGCAGGUGAUCGAGAUGCUGCGAAACUGCACGGAGCUCGCGGCGCGGCGCGGCUCGCGCUCGAUCACGAUCAACGACCUGAUCUUCCAGAUCCGCGACGACGCGCCCAAGGUGUCGCGGCUGCGGACGUUCCUGUCGUGGAAGGACGUGCGCAAGAGCGCCAAGGACUCGGACGAGAAGGGCGGGGACGCGGACCUGGGGGUCGCCGACGACCCGGCCGGCGGCGUGAUGCCGGGCGGGCCGGCGGUCGAGGAGGCGGCGAAGAAGAACAAGAAGGCCAAGGUCAAGCUGCCGUGGGAGCCGUCGUCGUACUAUAGCCAGGAGGUGCCCGAGCGCGACGACGAGGAGGACGAGGAGGAAGAGGAGAUGAACUACAUCACGCUGCAGCGGCUGCGCAAGGCGGACGAGCGCACGAAGGCGAUGACGCGCGAGGAGUACGUGACGUGGUCCGAGUACCGGCAGGCGUCGUUCACGUACCGCAAGGGCAAGCGGUUCCGGGAGUGGGCCGGGUUCGGGAUCGUGACGGACAGCAAGCCGUCAGACGACAUCGUGGACAUCCUGGGGUUCCUGACGUUCGAGAUGGUGCAGACGCUGACGGAGGAGGCGCUCAAGAUCAAGGAGCAGGAGGACUUGUGGAAGGAGCGCAGCGGCGGCGAGAACUCGUCCGGCAACAAGAAGCGGAAGCUGGCCCAGGGCCUGUUUGACCCGCCCAACGAGGGCAAGACGCCCGUCGAGUCGAGGCACAUUCAGGAGGCCUUCCGCAGGCUGCAGGCCCGUCCGAAGAAGUCGAGGGCCAUGCUCAACGGCACGAAUUUGCAGCAGAGGACUAACCUGAAGCUGUUCUAGUAGGGUAGAGAGGUCGGAGAGGGUGGAGGAAGCGCGUGUUUUGGCUACGCCUAUGAUCUUGAAAACCCCUUUGGUUUCAAGAACGUUGGCUAUUUUUAUGACAUAGCUGGAUUACAGCGAUUGCGAAAGACUGGAGAUGAGAGGGAGUUUGGGACAUACCCAGGAGUAGCGGUGUUUUAGGAGUCUUGUUGGGUUGGUUGAAUUCUAUCGUUUUACUUUUCUGAAUUCACAACUGGAAGCGGCUUGGUGUUACGAGGAAAUAUCAAGUCACAAUAUAAUCGCUACAGAUAGAUUACCUAGCCAUUGGCAACUUCACGAGGAUUAUUCAUUACACAAUUUCUAAAUGUGUCGCUGAUAAUAGCCAAUAUAUUUGGCUACGUUCCUCUCCAGUUUUUGGUUAGGUACUCUAUCUAAAUUGUUUGACGUGUUCGAGAGAUAUUUAGAUGGAGACUCGAGAAUUAACGGGUUUAAAUCGCAUUUAACACUUCCAGCCAGUAGGUGGUGCCAAUUCGUCCAUGUGUGACGGGCUUUCGCCGUUGUCGGUGCGAUUAACCCGGCCUCAUGAUCGUCGAUACAGUGGGGAAUUAG